AUGCCUGGACCCCCCAGGGUCCACACAGACCCCAGCACCACCCACGGCAGGAGGCCCUCCUGCCAGUGGCCGGUGGCCUGGGCCUCCCUGCGGAAGAUGGCAGUCCUCCUGUGCCUGCUGUCCAGCACGUCCCUGUCCCCCUCUCAGGGGCAGGCCAGGAUUCCUCUGGAAACAGUGAAGCUGUGGGCGGACACUUUCGGCAGGGACCUAUAUGACACCGUCACCAAGUACUCAGGCUCCCUCCUCCUGCAGAAGAAAUACAAGGAUGUGGAGCCUGGUCUGAAGAUCAAGGAGGUGGACGGCUUGGAGCUGGUAAAGAAGUUCUCGGAAGACAUGGAGACCAUGCUCCGCAGGAAGGUGGAGGCUGUCCAGAGUCUGGUAGAAGCUGCCGAGGAGGCCGACCUGAACCACGAAUUCAACGAGUCUCUGGUGUUUGACUAUUACAACUCUGUCCUCAUCAAUGAGAAAGACGAGAGCGGCGCAUAUGUGGAGCUGGGGGCUGAGUUUGUCCUCGAGGCCAACGCUCACUUUAGCAACUUGAUGGUGAACACGACCCUGAGCAGCGUGCAGCUGCCCACCAACGUCUACAACAAAGACCCAGAUAUUUUGAAUGGAAUCUACAUGUCUGAAGCCUUGAACUCCGUUUUUGUGGAGAACUUUCAGAGAGACCCUACGCUGACUUGGCAGUACUUUGGCAGCUCAACUGGAUUCUUCCGCAUCUAUCCAGGCAUCAAGUGGACACCUGACGAGAAUGGAGUCAUUACCUUUGACUGCAGAAACCGCGGUUGGUACAUACAAGCCGCCACCUCCCCCAAGGACAUAGUGAUUUUGGUGGACACGAGCGGCAGCAUGAAGGGGCUGAGGAUGACCAUCGCCAAGCACACUGUCUCCACCAUCCUGGACACGCUGGGAGAGAACGACUUCGUGAACAUCAUCGCGUACAACGACUACAUCCACUACAUUGAGCCUUGUUUCAAAGGGAUCCUGGUCCAGGCAGAUCGGGACAACCGUGAGCACUUCAAGCAGCUGGUGGACGAGCUGAUGGUCAAAGGCGUGGGGGUCGUGGACCGAGCUCUCAGUGAAGCCUUCCAGAUCCUGCAGCAGUUCCAAGAGGUCGGGCGUGGGAGCCUGUGCAACCAGGCCAUCAUGCUGAUCACUGACGGGGCCGUGGAGGACUAUGAGCCGGUGUUCCAGAAAUACAAUUGGCCCGACCGCAAGGUCCGGGUCUUCACUUAUCUGAUCGGGAGGGAAGUGAGUUUUGCUGACCGCCUGAAGUGGAUCGCGUGCAACAACAAAGGCUACUACACGCAAAUCUCCACGCUGGCAGAUGCCCAGGAGAACGUGAUGGAGUACCUGCAUGUGCUGAGCCGGCCCAUGGUCAUCAACCACGACCAUGACGUCACCUGGACGGAAGCCUACAUGGACAGCAAGGCACAGAGCCUGACGCUCCUCACCACGGUAGCCAUGCCUGUCUUCAGCAAGAAAAACGAGACGCGAUCCCACGGCAUCCUCCUGGGCGUGGUGGGCUCCGACGUGGCCCUGAGGGAGUUGAUGAAGCUGGCACCCCGGUACAAGCUCGGUGUGCAUGGAUAUGCCUUUCUGAACACGAACAAUGGCUACAUCCUCUCACAUCCUGACCUCCGACCCCUGUACUGGGAGGGGAAGAAACUGAAGCCCAAACCCAACUACAACAGUGUGGACCUCUCGGAAGUGGAGUGGGAAGACCAGGCCGGAACUCUGAGAACAGCCAUGAUCAACAGGGAGACAGGGUCUCUCUCCAUGGAUGUGAAGGUCCCGCUGGACAGAGGGAAGCGAGUUCUUUUCCUGACCAACGACUACUUCUUCACAGACAUCAGUGACACGCCUUUCAGUUUGGGAGUGGUGCUGUCCCGCGGCCACGGAGAAUACAUCCUCCUGGGUAACACGUCUGUGGAAGAAGGCCUGCAUGACCUGCUUCACCCGGACCUGAGCCUGGCCGGUGACUGGAUCUACUGCCUCACGGACAUUGACCCUCACCACCGGAAGCUCAGCCAGCUGGAGGCUGUGGUCCGCUUCCUGAAGGGGCAAGACCCAGCACUGGAGUGUGAUGAGGAACUGCUGCAGGAGGUGCUGUUCGAUGCGGUGGUGACGGCCCCCAUGGAAGCGUACUGGACGGCGCUGGCCCUCAACAUCUCUGACGAGUCUGAGCGCGUAGUGGACAUGGCCUUCCUGGGCACCCGUGCUGGCCUCCUCAGAAGCAGCCUAUUCGUGGGCUCCGAGAAAGUCUCUGACAAGCAGUUCCUGACUCCUGCGGAUGACGCCAGCAUGUUCACCCUGGACCACUUCCCUCUGUGGUACCGCCAGGCCGCCGAGCAGCCUCCGGGCAACAUGGUCUUCAACCUCCGCCCGGUGGAAGGACAAGAAAGUCCGGGCGAGCCUGAGGUAGUGACAGUGAGCACAGCUGUUGCCGUGACCGUGGACAAGAGGACAGCAAUCGCUGCAGCGGUGGGCGUCCAGAUGAGGGUGGAGUUCCUGCAGCGCACAUUCUGGUCGGCCACACGGCAGUGCGGUGCUGCCGAGGGGCCAUGCUUGGAGAGCUGCCAGGACAGCGACCUGGACUGCUUCGUCAUUGACGGCAAUGGGUUCAUCCUGAUCUCGGAGAGGGCCCAGGAGAUGGGAAGAUUCCUGGGGGAGGUGGAUGGUGCUCUCGUGACCCAGCUGCUCGGCAUGGGAGUGUUCAGCCAAGUGACCAUGUACGACUACCAGGCCAUGUGCAAGCCCCCCACUCACCACCCCAGCGCCUCCCGGCCCCUGGCCAGUCCCAUCUCUGCCCUCCUGACGGCUGCCAGGUGGCUGGUGAACGAGCUCAUGCUGCUCCUGCUGGAGUGGAGCGCCUGGGGAUCUUGGCAUGCGGACAACAGGGCCGAGGCCAAGACCGUCUUCCAUCACUCCCACAAGCACAAGAAGCAGGAUGUGCUGCAGCCCUGCGACACCGCAUACCCCGUGUUCGUGCACCAGACAGCUGUCCAGGAGGCCAACGGCAUCAUCGAGUGUGGAGCCUGCCAGAAGACAUUUGUGAUGCAACAGAUUCCCAAGAGCAACCUUCUCCUGCUGGUGACAGACCCCACCUGUGACUGCAGCAUCUUCCCACCAGUCCUUCAAGAGGCCAUGGAGGUCAAAUAUAACGCCUCUGUUAAGUGUGACAGGAUGCGCUCCCAGAAGCUGCGCCGGCGACCAGACACCUGCCAUGCCUUCCAUCCAGAGGAGAACGCCCAGGACUGUGGUGGCACCUCGGACACCUCAGCCUCACACCCCCUGCUCCUGCUACCUCUGUGUGCCUGGGUGCUGCCACCCCGGCUGCUGCAGUGACCCCUGCCCAGUCUGACCUGUUUGACAAGUCAAUCCUUCCAGAGACACUGGCACGUUAGCAGUGGAUGUGGGCUCCAGCGCUCUACAGUGGGGUCCUCGCCCAGCUCAACACUCAUCCCAAGCUUGGGCUGAUGGUCCCUGCCUCCCAAGAGUGCUGGUUGGAGCCAGAAAUCGCUCCCCCAAAACCUUGCAGGGUGCCUGGUACUGUCCACCCAAGUCCCAAUGUGCAUCCUCCUUUCCGUCCGUCCCCCUCUUUGGGAGUCCAUGAACUCGGCUGGGACCACGACAGAAUUUAUUUCCAGCUAGACUCUGGAGAGGCUCGGCUGUUUCUCAGGAAUCCAGGUGGUCUUCAGUGGAAUCCAAGGACUUAGAGGUACUGAGAAAAAGGAGGAGAAUGAGGCCAACAGCAGAAAGGAGAGCAGGAAUGCGCCCACCAGAAAUGCAGCCGCCCCGGGGGUGAGUGCACGGCAGGGCUGCUCAGUCUCCCCACUGCACGUCAACUACCUGCAUGUGUAUGUGAGACAGAGACAGGGGGAGAGACAGAGGAAAGGCAGGGUCCUUUACAUUAACGUGGCUGCAUGUGAUGUUCACAAACCGUUGAUGUUUUUUAAAAAAUUCUAAAAAUGCCUUGCAAAGCUCUAAUUAAAGAAUGUCUGCAUUUCUAAGAAAGAGCCAACAGGGUGAGAUACAAGCUGCUUUGGCGGAAGAGGAUGCAAAUUCAGGGGAGGUGGCAGCCAACACUGCAGCGAAGCAGAGAGGUGCAGGAGAGUGUCCCUCACGGUUGACAUGGUCCAGGUCCCCAGGAUGCCCAGGUCCCACCAGCAGGUGAUCUUUCUCUGGCUGCUGGUAGGCAAGAGACUACCCGACUCUGUCCCGGGGUCUGGAACUCUGGGGGACAUUCCAGAGUCCACUGGGAAGGGAGAGCAGGGUCUGGGUCUCUGCGUGGCAGGAAGUGGGUUCUAAGGCUUGGCGCUCCCUUUCAGAACCAAGGGAAGCAAAGACCGUUUCUCAUAAACCAAGCUUGCUACUCACCUGGGUUAACAGAACAUUCUGGAGUCUGGCCUUCAGAGGUCAGCACUGUCCUUCUCUCUACUUUGGUGGUUUUACCACCACCAAAGGACAGCAGGUGGCAGCCUGGCUCAAGCUAAAGUGCUGUCACCUUGAUUUCAGAGACAGGUUAAAAAAACCUAAGGCAUUCAGUCAAUGACAAGAUACUGGGGGAGAAAUUCCUGAAAUCCCUCUUCCUUUGCGUGACCAAGUGCAAGAGAGCUUUCAAAACACUGGUAGCCCUCUGAGUACACACCCCCUAAAUGUCCUAGGCUAGUCUAUUUAGUAUAGAAAACCUCUCUGGUGGCCAAAAAAUACUGUGAAUAAUUCCACAAGAUCUUACUUAACUUGAACAGUCAGUUCCUGGAGAGCUUUUUCAGUCUGGGCUCCAGCACUCAAGGGAAGUUUCCAAAAUUUUAAGCUUCAGUGUCUAAAUUGCGGCUUUAAGCAAGAAGUACCAAAAGCUACGGCGUUAAGGCAGUGUAAAAACAGAAACCCCCAAGAAAAGUUCAUGUUCCAUUUGGUUCUUUUUAUUAGAAGUUGAGAACAC